GCAACGUUGAAAAAGAGAUGAGCAUUAUUUUAAAGAAAUGACGUGUCCUUUUUGUUAGUUUCCGAACGAACUGUCAUGUCACUUGAUUUCCUCAGCUGUCAAAUAAAAUCAAGAAUAUUUACGUCAGCCACGUUGGAAGUGCCAAGUUGGUGUUUUUAUGUGAGCCAGUGUUGUGAAGAUGAAAGUGAAGGAGCUGAAGAGGACGGUGAACGUGUGCUGGUCGCCGGCUGACCACUACCCGGUGACGAUCGCGGCCGGCUCCGCAGCGCAGCAGGUCGACUCUUCGUUCAGCUCAAGUUCCUACUUAGAGCUCUAUUCCUUAAACUUAGAAGACCCUGGACUUGAUUUAGAGCUUAAAUCCAGUUUGCAGACAGAGCACAAAUUCCAAAAGAUAGUAUGGUCUGGAGCUGGUGUAUUAGUUGGAGGUUGCGAUGGAGGACUCCUACAGUUCUACAGUGCUGAGAAACUACUUCAAAAUGCCUCCGAUGCACUCCUUGGUAGCAGCACUAAACACAAUGGUCAUGUAUCCGCGUUAGACAUAAACCCCUACCAGAAGAACUUGCUUGCGUCCGGAGCGUCGGAGAGCGAGAUCUUCAUAUGGGACCUGAACAACACGAGCCAGCCAAUGGCGCCCGGCAACAGGAACCAGCCCUACGACCAUGUACAAGGCUUGGCGUGGAAUCAACAGGUACAACACAUUCUUGGGUCCACAUUCGCUACGAGAUGCGUCGUCUGGGAUUUGAGGAAGAACGAACCUAUUAUGAAAUUAAGCGACUCCCAGUCCCGCACGAGAUGGCGGUCCCUAGCGUGGCACCCGAACGUGGCGACACAGUUGUGCAUCGCGUCCGAGGACGACCAGGUCCCCGUCGUACAGCUCUGGGAUUUGAGGCUGGCCGCGUCCCCGCUGGUGACGCUGGAGGGGCACCACAAGGGCGUGAUGUCUGUCUCCUGGAGCAAGCAGGACCCUGACCUGCUGCUGUCCGCCGGGAAGGACGGCAGGGUACUCUGCUGGAACCCCAACAAUACUAAACCUGGCGGUGAGCUGCUGACGGAGAUAAGCCACCAGCAGCAGUGGGUGUUCGACGUGGCGUGGUGUCCCCGCGACCCUGGACUGCUGGUCACUGCGUCCUUCGACCAGCAGGUCGCCGUGCACUCGCUACUAGGCGGCUCCAGGCCUGAGAUUUCGAGCCACAACGCGAGCAACAUAAUGGAGUCGUUCGGCGGGCUGGACUCGUUCAGCGCGCUGCCGGCCGUGGCCCGCGCCGCCGCGCCGCCCCCCGCGCAGCCCGCGCAGCCGUCCGCGCCGCCCGCCUGGCUGCGGCGCCCGCGGGCCGCCAGGUUCUCGUUUGGUGGUAAAUUGGUCACAUUCGAAAAAUGUCCACAAGAGGCCGGGCCACAGAAACUUGUCUACAUAAGUCAGGUUGUAAGUGAACCAGAGAUUGUAGAGAAGGCAUCAGAGUUGGACGCGGUACUGGAGGCCACUCUCAGUAACGACCCCGGAGCCACUGAGAGACUCGCUGAGUACUGUCGCCAGAAAGGGGACGCGGCCACGGACCAGACGGAGCGCUACACGUGGUUCUUCCUGCGCGCCAACUUCAUGCCCACCUUCCGGACUGAAGUGCUCAAUUUACUCGGCUUCAAACAAGACGAAAUAUCUUCAAAGUUCAAGAGUCCCAAUGUACCGACGGGCGAUGGACAGCCCGACCUAGCUGCUUUGAGUAGAGGCGAGUCCACGGAGACCGAGGCGGAGUUGUCCACUGAUACCAGCACUGAUCUCUCAGACGCUCACACACUGAUUGAGAGGAAGUUGGCAAACCUGGACAUCACGCCGCCACCAACAGUGUCCAACGUGGUCAUUCCUAACGGAGAAGAUUCGACGAGUCUGAUCUGCCGCGCCCUGGUGGUCGGCAACUUGGAGGAGGCGGUGGAACUCUGUCUCGAUGCCAAGAGGAUCGCCGACGCGUUGAUCAUCGCUUCAUUGGGUAGCCCUGAGCUCCUCCACAAGGUGCAGAAGUACCACCUGAACUCGACGGCGGGGUCCCCCGUGUCGCUGGUGGCGGGCAGCCUGCUGCAGGGGGGAUGGGGGGCGCUGGUCGCUAGUGCCGCCCCCGCCAGCUGGAGGGAGACCCUCGCCGCCAUACUCACGCACUGCGACCAGGAGUCGGCCAGCCAUUACUGCGAGUUGCUGGGCGACAGGUUGUCGAAGGAGGGCGGCGCGGCCAUGGCGGAGGCGUGCAGCACGUGCUACCUGUGCGCCAUGAGCGCCGACGCGCUGCUGGCCCGCGCCUGCGCAGCGCCCGCCGCCACCGUGCAGGCGCUGGCGGCGCGCGCGCAGCUCGCGUUGCUGGCGCGCCGCGCCGCACGGGCCCGCGGACGACCCGUACCGGCGGGUGGCACUUUGGAAACAGUACUGAACGAGUACGCGUCCCGGCUGGCGUCCCAGGGCUGCCUGCAGAGCGCACUGAACACGCUGGAGGGCAUCCAACACACGGAGCUCAGGGACCGACUCAUGCACGCACUCGGACUCGUGCCGCAGAGGAGGGCCAGCCAUCAACCCCAGCCCCAGCCGGGCCGCGUCCACAGUGCGGCCCACCCCCGCCGCCCCACACACUCCGAGUCUGCGUAUGCACCCGCAGGUGCAUACGAGCAGCAAUGGGGCCAGUCGUCCGUGGCGGCGCCAGCCAUGUCCCAGCGCGGGCCCUACGCGCCCCCCGCGCCGGGCCCGGCCCUGCAGCCCAUGGCCCCGCCCCUGCAACCGGCGGUCCCGCCCCAGCAGGCGGUGGCCCCGCCCCCCGCGCUGCUCCAGCCGCAAGCCCCGCCCCCGCCGCAGGCGCAGCCGCCACGCCCCGGCAGUGUCGGACCGCAAGGUGGUAUCAGUGCCCGCUCCAAGUACAAGGUGGACCCUUCAGUACAAUCUGCUCCUCUAUACAAUCAAUACAGUUUCAACAACCCCGUGACGUCACAACCUUACGGGGGAUUCAAUAGUCCUUUACCCGACCAGUAUGGAGCUACUAGCGUUCCUUCAUACAACUCACCGGGGCCCAUGAACCAGAUGGGCGGGGCUCCGGGACAAAUGGGCGGGGCUCCUGGACAAAUGGGCGGGGCACCGGCAGUCAAUGGCACGUACUUCAACCCGGUGCAAGCCCCAGAACCUGCAGCCCCCGUAGUUCCUUCGAAACCUGUUCCCCCAGGUUGGAACGAUCCACCCAUGCUGUCUUCCAAACCUAAGCCGAAGCAAGAAGUAACAGCACAGGCACCGAUCACGCACCCACUGUUUGGGGUGGAGCCCCCGCAACAUGUGCCACUGGCGACCCCCGCCCAGUACCCGGGACAGUAUGCACAGGCCGGACAGUUUGCACAGGCGGGACAGUAUGCACAGGGCGGACAAUAUGCACAGCCCAACCAGUACGGACAACAGUACGGCAACUCCUACCCUGAUUACCAGGCCCAGAAUAUGACGCCUGCUUAUCCGCAAAAGCCGGAGAGCCCGGUCCCGGCGGAGCCCGCGCUGCCGGUGCAGAAGCCCCCGCUGCCCGAGCAGUACGCGUCGCUGCAGACCGUGUUCGAUGCCAUCCGGAACGAGUGCACCAACCGGGCCACGAACCCUCAAAUGAAAAGGAAAUUAGAAGACGUCCAAAGAAGACUAGAGACUCUUUAUGACAUGCUGCGUGAGUACAAGUUGUCGGAGAGCGCGUGCAUGUCGCUGCAGUCGUGCGCUGCGUACGCGCAGGCCGGGGAGCACAGCUCGGCGCUGGGCGUGGCCACGUCGCUGGCCACGGGGCCGGACUUCGCCGCCGUGGCCAGCUUCCUGCCCGGCCUCAAGAUGUUGUUCCAGCUCGCCACGCAGCUGCAGGUCUACGCGCGGUGAACCCACUCACCACUUUAUACCACUCAUACACUGACUUAGCUCAUUUACAUCCCUUAUACAACAUCAUCAUCAUCAUCAGCCGAGAGACGUCCACUGCUGAACAAAGGCCUCCCCCUUGGUCCUCCACGUAGAACGACAAGUCGCCACCUGCAUCCACUGGCUCCCUGCCACUCUGACGAUGUCGUCGGUCCACCUAGUGGGAGGUCUAUACGUCAUCAUUAAGAGGUUAUAGAGCUGUUUAUAUUUGAAUUUGUACUUUGUACGCCCCUAAGUCGAAGGUAAAAUUAUUCCUGUAAUAAAAAGACAAUUUUGAAAGUUAAUUUCUUGUGUGUCUAUUAUUCAAACCUACCGACAUACAUUAUUGAGACUUGCCGUUACCUUUGUUCAUAUAUGUCCUCAAUAUAAGGGGUGUAAAUCAAGUGGCUGGUCAGCGUAUUCCAACUACACAAUGUUCAAACGUCUAUUGACGAUACUUAAACACGGAGUUCACCAAACACGACUCUAAUGCUUAUUAUGUUAGAGUUUAAAAUUAUUCCCUCGUAUAACGAUAUCAAUGUAAUCGUAUCGUAAUGACUGUACUCCACUUACUCCCGUGGCCUCCUUAUUAUACAAUUUAAUAUAUUUAUUAGAAAAAUAUUAAAAACAUUAAUCUUAUACAACAACCGAUAUUGUAUAGACCAGCACAUGAAGUUAUCCUAAUCUCUCAAAAUAUCAACCUUAACUUCUUGCAAUAAGGUUCAAAAUCUUUGACUUAUGCAAAAAGUUUGACUAGUUAACUCGUUCACGACGCACACAGCUCAUGAAUGUGAGUCCCAGUGUGGCUUGAAACUGGUCGAGUUUGGGGCAAUUUCAUGAGGUGGCACGUUAUGUGAGAUGUCAAUCAGGUUUAUUUAUUUGUGUGUACAUCUGUAUGCAAUAUAUGUGAGGCAUUUGGUUCUAGGCUACAUAUGAUAAGAAGUUAGUAUAAAUGGCAAAUUAUAUUUAUCUUUACGUCUGUACCCUUUGAGAGCUAUAGGCGUAAUGUGAUGUUUUGUAUGCAUUUUUAACAAGUUUUGCAUAGUGUUAUCUAAUUUUCUAUUUAACUUGCCUGCUAUAGACGACAGCUAACAAUUUGAUAUUGCUUUCACAUACGUAUCGUUACGCCUUUUAUCCCUGUACAGGUAGGCAGAGGUGCACCUUAUGCCACGUAAUGCCACUACAAUGUACACCCACUUUUCACCAUUUCUGUUAUAAGUCCCAUGUGAGAUAUUGCUUUCAUAUCACUAAUAAAUAAAGCAAUAGUUAGCACAAUUUUGAUACUUGUUAUUUAAAUGAAAAUUAAUAAUACUAUGCAACAUAAGUAAGUCAAAGUAUAACUGUUAACAUGAAAUAAAUUCGUUGUGUUGCCACAAUUGAAAUAUUUAUUUUUCUACUCAAAUUGUCAGAGAACAGAACAUAUUUGUAUGGUCUAGUUGAUUCGUGUUUUGUUAUAAUAUGCAAGUUAUGUACGAGUACGAGCUCUGUUACUAAUAUAUUAACUUAAUAUAAUUAUAAUGUAUGAUAGAAUUAUAUUAUUGAGAAAAUAUAUUUUUUAGAAAAUUA